UAAAAGGAAAUGUGACAGCCGGCUGGCUAGGAUCUUCCCAGCUGUAAGGAAGCCGGUACCUUCCUAGCUUAGUAGAUAUCGACAACGGGUUACUUUAUCAAAAUGCACAUUGUCGACCGAACUGUAUGAGGAUCAAUUGAAUACUAGAAAUCAUGUUCCAGCCAAAUCCAGAAGACCGUCUUCACCUACGACUACACCGCGCUCGCUCGGUUAUCCUCACAUCACAAGAAUUGGUGGAGAUCCGAGCUGCCCAACGGACUUUUGAAGGAGCUUAUAUGCGAACGGCCCUCUCUCAAUUUAGCUUCGCUCUCAUCAUCCUCAAGAUCUUUACCUCUGAGUUCUAUGCCAUAGGCGCGCUCUUCGCCGUUUAUGGUACGACGGUCAUGCUAUGUUCUAUAUAUCGUCGCUACCAGGGCAACCGCCAAUUUUUCACCACGACAGAUGAUGAUGGCGAAUUGAAGAAUAAGUUUCGGACUAGUGGUAACAGUGUGCUUCUCCUAACGGCUUUAAGUAUUGGGGCUUAUAUCGGUUUACUCGUUCUGACUUUGCGGCUGGAGACAUGAAGAGUGGUAGCGAGAAGCCCGUUAUGAUAGGCCACGCCCUGCAAUAUAUUUCUACCUACUAGGUACCUGGUCUACUAGCUAUCAUAUUGAAUUCGUGCCUGGUUAGAAGCACAUGGUCAAACCCCUCUCCAGGAUGAUUCGGCUCAAUAGGUACUAGGUAGUCUUACCUAUUCUACCAGGUAUGCUGAAUAACUAAAAUAUUAUCAUGGUC